UGAUAUUUUUUGCUAAUUUGUCAAGGAAGCUCUUGGUUGAACCAGAGGGUGCGAGUUUUUAUCUUUUUUUUAGUGCGAUUUUCCUUUUUUUACGUUUCUUAUGUAGACAAUGCAGAUACAAGAUGAUGUCUGAUCAGUUUAGAAAAGUAGAACCGUAUUCCCCUAAGUCGUCGCCGCGAGGCGCGAGGUCACCAGUGGUGUCUCGUCAGGAUUCCUCUGGAACCCUCAAAACUACCAUCUCACUCGGCAAGAACCCUUCAAUAGUGCAUAGUGGACCAUUCUAUUUGAUGAAAGAACCUCCAGGAGAAUGUGAACUCACUGGAGCGACUAAUUUAAUGGCUUAUUAUGGACUCGAACACUCUUAUAGUAAAUUUAAUGGCAAAAAGCUUAAGGAAUCACUGUCUUCAUUUCUACCUAAUCUGCCUGGAAUACUUGAUGGGCCUGGACAGGAAGACAAUAGUACAUUAGGUUCAGUAAUAGCCAAGAGGCCAAUAGGUGGCAAAGAACUGUUGCCACUUACAAGUGCUCAGCUAGCUGGAUUCCGACUGCAUCCAGGCCCUCUGCCUGAACAGUACAGAUAUGUAAGUGCAACCCCACCAAAGCGACACAAGACUAAGCACAAGAAACACAAGCACAAGGAUGGAGUCCCGUCCGGACAAGAGACACCAUUGCAGGAUUCCUCAAAUCCAGACACAUAUGAGAAGAAACACAAAAAGCAGAAGCGCCAUGAUGAUGACAAAGAGCGCAAGAAAAGGAAAAAGGAAAAGAAGAGGAAAAAGCAGAAGCACAGCCCGGAACAUGGAGGUCUCACUCCCAGCCAGCACCCACUACCAUAACCUGUUGUACCAUAGUAGUAAGAUGAAGCUAUUGAGCCCAAAGAGACUGCUCCAUAUAAUCUGUAAUUUUAUUACUCAGUUCAUAAAUAAGCUGCGACCAAAAUAUAUCUCUCCUCUUAGUAUUUCAGUUCCCAAUAUCAUUUCGCCAAAUAUGUCAUUUUCUGCUAACAUUGUAUAGUUGAUGGGACUAUGGGAGUCACUUUCCCAAUAUCAUUUCGCCAAAUAUGUCAUUUUCUGCUAACAUUGUAUAGUUGACGAGAGUCACUUUGAUCAACUGGUUUCUUUUAAUAAUCUCAAAAUAAAGGAGUAAUUUGGAAUAUUUGUAAGAAAAUUGUAAAUUGUAUGUAAAUGAUUGGAACGUGAUUGCUUUCAUAAGCACUGGUUGCCAGGUAAAGUAAGCUGUUUAUAUUCCUUAACCCUUGGUAUGCCGUAAUGCAGAUACACAAUGUGUUUUCUAUUGUCUUGUAUAUGCGAGAGGUUAAAUCUGAUAGCUAUAAUUUUCGCGUGUGCACUGUUUAUUCAUAGUAGAGGUAGUAGGAGUGAUUACUAUUGUUUUAUAAAUGUUACUUGCAUUAGAUAAAUUAAAUGAGAAUUGUUAGCUAGGCAGAAUGAGUUAGUGUAAAUAGUAAGUACACUAGAUCAAGCUAUUUUAGAGAUAAACAUGUCAUCUCUUUGGGCUUGACUCUUAUGAAAUUAGUAUUAAGUGAUUUACCUACACACAGUAAAAAUAUUCCAUUUUACCAUUUUGUUCAAUUUGUAUCAUUUAUUUCUUGAAACAAAGAUUCAUUGUAAAUAUUCAUAAAUCAUUUGUUUAUUUUAUGUUUAAGAAGUACCACUUUCAUAGAUUUAAUAAAUUGGAUAGAAUGUUA